UGUACUAUGGCUACGAAGCUGUCGUCUUAUAGCUAGAUCAAUAAGGCUGGGAAUUAUCAUCUGUACAUUACGCGAUGUAACCAUGCAAGUAAACCGAUUAUGACGUCACAGACGAGCAAGGUCGCGCCAUAUGCGAGGUGUCAUUGCAGACAAUGGUUUGGUAAAGCAGGGAGGGCGGUUGUUGGUUGUAGAUUCAUGUGUCUUUAAUUUAGCCCAGAGAAGUAGCGGAUUUUGGUAAAUUUGAAACUAACUGCUAAUAUAAAACUGGAUGCGUUUUGUGAUACUAUGGGAAAGGAGUUGGAAAAUAAAAAGUACGACAAUGAAAACGAAGAAGAAGAACAAAUAUCUGGGAAAAAUGAAACCGAGACACUUCAGGACUUGGGAGUAUUAGCGAAGGACGGGAACUGCGUGAUGUCACUAUUGCGAUUCUCCCUGCCCAAGGUUGCUGGGCCAAACGAAAGUUCACAGAAAACACAACUAAUUUCGGCAUGCGCUACGGGAAACUUGUUGGUGGUUCAGAAUUUAUUGCAGAUGGCAGAAGUCGACGUGAACGAACAGGACAGCGAAGGAAACACAGCGCUUAUGCACGCAGCACAAGCAGGCUUCGACAGCAUUGUGAGCUACUUGCUGUUUUUCCUACACGGCGAAAUCACAGUCGAUGCGGAGAAUAACAACGGGUUUACUGCACUAAUGAAGGCGGCACUGCAUGGGAAAACCAAUUGCGCCAAGAGACUUAUUAUAGCAGGUGCGGAUGUUACGAAGCGAGAUUGGGGACGCGGGUUGCAAGCUGACGAGUGGGCAAGUUUCUGUGGAAUGCGGGAGACUGCCAUCGUGAUCAGGAAGACUGCGAUGCCAGCAAUGAGGAAGGAAGACAAGGAGGUGAUGGGAUGGCAGAAAAAAACGCAUCCUGUCAACGAAUUUUGCAUUCGAAUUGGCCGCCGGUUGGCGCGCGCGAUGCAUUGGAACGAAGAGCAGUGGAUCCGUGACGCAGGUAGUUUGUAUCAUCUCGCUGAGAAAGCAGCGAAUGUACAAGGUGGUCUGUUGACAUCUUUGCUUGGGGAAGGAGGAAACGAGAGGAUCCCACAUAUCCCGGCAAACACAAAGGGCGAAAAUGUGAUGACAUGUGUCGACUCCAAUCGUUCUGAUUGUGCAGAUGAUCUUCUAGUUGUUGAAAUUACGUCACCACAGAAACAGAGGGUUACCCAACGAUGCUUCAGGCGAUCGUUGAGCGGGACUGAGAUUCUCGCAAAGCACAAGAGCAAAGAUGACUGCCGCCCACAACAUAGCAAAGUACCAUCUGUUAACGUUAUACGGGCGUCGCCGUCGAAGCAAAGACAAAAAAAGACGCAUCAUAGGACCAACCACGAUUUGCUUGUUGUGCCAAGAGCGAGCCAUAAACGGAAGAAAAAUCGCUGAUGGUCGACACCAGUUAACUUGGUCGCAAUAAUUAAGUGUUGGGAUAGUGGUUGGCUGCUCGCAAUAUUUGAAUUAUAGUAGGAUGGGACACCUUUUUAUACUAUUUUCUCGUCCCGCAUGGCAGUAAACAAAAAACAUUCAAAGAAAUAUAAAACCGUAUCCGCACGACUCUAAUAGACCGUUAUUAUUUGUUUAAAACAUGGACAGGGUGUUUGGAUAUUAUGUGCUAAAGGUGUCCCAUCUUCCCCCACACGACUAUAUAUAACAAAGGCGUAAACGUAUAUAUCGGCAUACUGGCAAACGUAUUGCACAAGAACUCAACAACAUGCGGUCGUUCAGAGUCCUUUGUAACGAUUUUGGGAUUACCUUAAAUUUCUAUCAUAAUGAAAAAUGGUUAUGUAACCAUUAUAGAUUUAUCGACCACAGAAUAUUUAUUUGGCUGGGAGAAGUGGGAAUAAUUUAUCCAGCUUUUGUUGGAUUAAUACGUAUUUCCGAACGUUGACGAAAUUUUCGGAAUAAAAAACGAAAAUUGCCGAAUCAUCCCGAACACUAUACAAUACAGAUAUACCAAUUAAGCCCAUAAUCUCAAAGCAAACUAAAUCAACAUGUACCCACGUCACUGUGUCUUUUAAUAUGUAAUCCUGUUCUGUGCGAUGCGCACGACUUAUUUCCAAUGCUUUUAAUUUAUACGUUGGACAAAAUAGACUCGUUUGAGUAUGGAAA